GUUUCCUAGUCCUACUAUCGAGGACCAAGCUUACAGCAUACAGCCCUACGCACCGUAGUGUCGGUGCUCACCGUUGCAGCAGCCCCAAUAAAAGUUGGGCGAAAAAGCCAGGCAGCCGGACCGAACGGCAGAAAGUAGAAAGCAAAGCCCAGCAGGCCACAGUACAGUACAAGCCUGCCUGUAAACGACACCGUGCGUGAUCUCAUUCAUUAACCAAACGCCAAACGUCCCAAACUACAGUACAAACCCAUCAUCGUAAAACAAGUCGUCACCUUUUUCACCCGCUCCAACGGUCUCCAAUACCCCAAAUCUCGAGAAAGAAAGGGAAAGAGCAAGCCAAGUGAACCAAGCAGCAGCUGCAGGACGAAAAAGUGGAAACUGAAAUUUACUCUCCUCCUCGGAAAACGAUCGAUGAAUAUGAUCAUUCAUCAUUAUCCUCCAUGGGUACUUCUCACUUUGUCUUGUAAGUUGUAACUGUUCUGGCCCGUAGUUUGUUGCUACUACUUAAGAUUUAAGCAGAGAGCGAUUAUCUUUAACUAAGAAUCAGCGGGUUUUUAUAUUCUUUCUUUCUUUCUUUUCAUUUAUGCUUUUCAUGUGUGGAACAAAAUGACAGGGAGGUUGGGACACUGGUCAGUGCAUUCAUGAUCACAAGCUCGGAUGGAGAAAAGGGGAAAAGGGCAUUUACUCCUAUGUACAGGUGUCCAUGUGAAAAUGGCCUGUCUCUCGUCUUACCACCACUGUUGCCUCUCUAGUUGUUAGUCUCUAUCUUCUAAUUUUCCUUUUCUUUUUCUUUAAAGCAGAGAACCGUCGGUCAUCAUCAUCGCCAUUCAACUUAUUCCUUCAUCAGCUCGUUUGUUUUUGUUUACACGUGAUAAUGGAACUGUAGUGCUUCUUCUUAUUCUGCACUUAUCCACCAUUGCUACUACCAUUAGCUUUUCUUCACCUGUUCCUUGCUCCUGUGGGUUUUGCAAGUUUUCUUUCCCCCCUUUUGUUCUCCCUCUGAUUUUCUCCUCCAACGACAAAAAAGGCAAAGUAGAACCCAGAACCGGGAACCCAGGUGGGGUUUUGGGGAUCCGAGGUUGGUUAGUGGGUCUGGUUUUGAGCUCCGAUACGAAACGGUUUCCUCCAUGGGAAUUGGAGAAAGAGCUCUACCUGGGCUCUUGCUACUGCUGUUGCCCAUUCUUCUUCUCCCUUCCGCUGUCUACUCGGAGUUGUAUGUUCCAAAACCUAGGCACUUGACUCUACUGAAGAGUGCUCUAGCGCGUGAAACUUCGAAUGGAGAGCAUUCAGACAUGUGGACUCCUUUGUCCGAUCAGGGAUGGAAACCGUGCAUUAGAUCAUCAAAUCCCUCUUCAAUACCAGAGGAUUCAGAGGGUUAUCUUCAGGUGUUUCUUGAUGGGGGCUUGAACCAGCAGAGAAUGGGGAUAUGUGAUGCUGUAGCAGUAGCUAAGAUACUGAAUGCAACACUAGUCAUCCCACAUUUUGAGGUGAACCCGGUUUGGCAAGAUUCAAGCUCAUUCAUGGAUAUAUUUGAUGUGGAUCACUUUAUUAAUGUCUUGAAAGAUGACAUUUCUAUAGUUAAAGAAUUGCCUGAUGAUUACUUCUGGAGCACUCGGGAGUAUUACGCUGCAGCCAUUCGAGCCACCAGAAUUAAGGCUGCACCUGUCCAUGCUUCGGCCAAUUGGUAUCUUGACAAUGUAUUACCGGUGCUUCAAAGUUAUGGGAUUGCUGCAAUUGCGCCAUUCUCACAUCGGCUGACUUUCGAUAACUUGCCUUCCGAUAUUCAACAACUCCGUUGUAAGGUGAACUUUGAAGCAUUAGAGUUUGUUCCCCACAUUAGAGCACUCGGAGAUUCUCUCGUCAGUCGCCUCAGAUAUCCUUCUACUCAAGCCAAUGACCAACUGCCUCCAGAAUAUCUGCGACAGACCUCGGAUGUUAUUGUCAAACAAAAGCCAAGCAAGUUUGUUGUUUUGCACCUUCGUUUUGACAAGGAUAUGGCUGCCCAUUCAGCAUGUGACUUUGGUGGAGGGAAAGCUGAAAAGUUGGCUCUAGCCAAGUACAGACAGGCAAUUUGGCAGGGGAGGGUCCUGAACUCACAGUUCACUGAUGAAGAGUUGCGGAAUCAAGGGCGAUGUCCAUUGACUCCAGAAGAGAUUGGAUUAGUUCUUGCAGCUUUGGGUUUUGACAACACUACCCGCCUUUAUCUCGCUUCCCACAAGGUUUAUGGUGGGGAAGCACGAAUUUCAACACUACGAGAUUUAUUCCCACUCAUGGAAAACAAGAAGAGCCUCGCAUCACCGGAGGAGCGAGUUCGGAUUAAGAAAAAAGCUUCACUAUUAGCUGCAGUUGAUUACUAUGUUGGCUUGCACAGCGACAUUUUCAUCUCGGCUUCCCCAGGAAACAUGCACAAUGCUCUGCUGGGUCACCGCACGUAUAAGAACAUGAAGACCAUAAGGCCGAGCAUGACUUUGCUGGGGCAACUGUUCCUAAACAAGAACAUAACCUGGGGAGAGUUUAGGCAAGCAGUUGUUGAAGGUCAUGGAAGCAGACAAGGGCAGAUGAGGCUAAGAAGAGCAAAGCAGUCCAUAUACACAUACCCUGCCCCAGAUUGUAUGUGCCAUGUUUGAAGGUGACUGAUACAUUACUGUUAUCAUUUUCCCUUUUUCUUACUCUGAUAUUUGCUAUAGGAAGAAGCUAAUGAAGGGGCUGCUGCUAGUAUCAUAUCCCUGUAUGUAUUUGCAUGACAUUGAUUUGGCACCAGCCCCCAUUAUCGUUUUUGGCUUUAAUUUGUUUAUCCCUUAUCUUAAAUAAACACACACAAGAUGCCAUUCUUCUUUGAUAAUGUUAUUGCCCAAUAGGGCCAUUCAAUGUGAUGUAACAGCUUGAAAUAAAAUGGUUGAGUUGUAAGAUACAUGGAUGUAUAUAGGGAAGCUGUCAACUUUUGGGGUCCCUUGGCUUUGCUGUAUUCUCCGUGUUCAUGGCACGGGGGGCCAGAAGAAAAAAAGAAGAAUAUUUUGAUGAAAUAAAGAAAGGAAGACUACUGCUUGAGUCCAUUAUAUUUAUAUAUCACAGGCUAACAACAGCUGUAUUUGUUGUCCCAGUAUGUCACUUCCUAGAUCUCUUUUCUUCCAGAUUUUUGGAUGCUUUCCUGCCCAUCUUUGUCGUGUGGAGUAACCCUUGGAACAAAAAUAAUAUCAACGG